AUGAGUGAGAGGGAUAGGGCUAUGAGUAGAGCCAGUGAACGGGAUAGGGAUAGUCCUGCGGGAGAGGAUGACAACGAUAAGGAUUGGGAGCAGCAGUUGGCUUUUAGACGCCAAAUAAUCCAGCAGAACCUUAGAAAUCACGAAAAGGUCAACAGCCAACAUGAGCUGGAUUUCCCGCCAGACAUCAAAGGUCAACAAGGGAAGAAUAGCGGAUCUGGCAGUGGAUUUGGUGUUCUCAGAUCGAAGGGUUCCAAUGGAAUAAUCUCCAAGAACGAUCCUUCGAGAAGUGGUCGUGAUUCCCCCGGCCCUGGGAUGCGAAAGGAGGGAAGUCGGAGCAGGAUGAAUAGCAGUGAGGCCGAGAGAAGAACCGAAGAAGAAAGACGGCUCAGGGAAACUGUCAGAGGACCAAAGAACAUUCCUCCCGGGGGUUAUCCAACGCAACAGCAUCCACCACACUCUCAUCAUCAUAUUCCUCCUCCUAACCCUGCACGUUUGAACACAAACUUGCAAAACGAGAACCGCCCUAAGCCACGAUCACCCGUGGGUCUCCCGCACCCCCUCCAUUCACCUAUUAUUACCCCCAGACCCAGGCAAAGGUCAACCCGUGACCAAAGGAACGAUGCACACGGUAACGGUGAGCAGAAUACUAGGAGAGGGCAGCCGAUGGGAUGGAGAGAUGAUGGGGAGGGUUACCCUCAGCCAAGGUCGGCGCCUGGUACUCAACCCGGCAGCCCGGUCUCACAAAGGGACGGCCAUCAUGGUAUACGUAAACAACCUAGUAUGCCACGGAUGGGUGGUCCAGAUAUGCAUAGACCAGGCCAAGGACAGAGCAGAGACCAGGAACCGAGACGCCAUGGAGGUCCACCACCUGGAUCUGGAAUGAACAAUGGCCACAUGAACCAUGGACCAAUGGGUAACGGGCUACACAAAAAGCAGUCCUUUGACAGGGACGGACAGCCACAUGGAUCCGAGUUCAGACGGCCCAGGGGAAACAGCAAUGCUUCUUCGGGACCAACAAUGAGACAAAGGAGGGGAACUUUUGAUAAUACACCUCUACCACCGUUAAACACAUCCGCACUCUCACCUCCUACCCAACACCUUCAAGCAUCAUCUACACCAAACUCUGCGAUAACUAUGGAUCAUUCGCCUGCGUUUUCCCAGGCGACAAGUAGUAGUACCAACACUACUCCGGCAUCUGCUAUCUCAUCAAAGUCUCCUCCAGCUGCUCUAAUCCAAUCCAUUGCAAACUCCAACGCUGGAUUUGCUCCGGCCAAGAAGCGGGUUGUCGAUAAGAGUAAAAUUGGUGAUCCCAAGCUCAUCUCUUCAACCUCCAACAUCCCUACUGUUGAUCUCCCAACCCAGACCAGCCCUGCUUUGGGUAGUGCGAAGGAAAAGGACGGCCGUAAAAGGCGCAUGACUGAGACCAGAAGCAUAUUCUCAGGCUUUGGCAGGAACAAGUCUUCUGAGGAAGUUCCUGCGCUACCAACAGGGAGCCCUAUGAUGCCGCGUCACCACACUGAUGAUGAGGUUGAGCGUUCAUCCUUCACUGAUGACCCACCACCAAAGGUAAAGAAGACUGGAGGCAAGCUCCGAAAGUCUACUAGCGAUGGUGGGGCACUCAGUGCGCGUGCCAGGAAGGAAGCUUUGGCGAGAAGCCCAACUGUCCCCAAGCUUCCCAAGGGUAUGGAGGCCUCUGGUGGCGCACCUGCAGGCAUGAUUUAG